AUGCAGCACCGCGUGACGACGCGGCAGGUCGAGCGCACGAUGGCGGACCGGCGCCGGAUCGAGACGCAGAACACCGAGCUUCUCCGGUAUGCGUCGAGCAACCAGGUGCAGGCGAUGGCCAACAAGGGCGACAUGGCCGUGCUCGCCAAGCGGCGCGGGAACGCGGCCUUCCAGCGCAAUGCCGAAGCGAUGCUUGAAGAGCGCAGCUUUGUCGCAGAGCGCGACCUUAAGCGCAACCUCCGCACAAAAGAGCAGAACGACAGCCUCGCGCGAGCCCUCGAAGAAGAGCGCCGGAUGAGCGAGCGCCGCGAGCGCGAGAUCCAGCGCAUUUGCGAGUCGAGCGAAGAGCUCCGCGAGCUGGAGAGCAUGCUCAAGGUCGCAUACGUCAAUAAGGAGCGAUCCGUGCAGCAGGCCGAGCGUGAGACCUUGAGCCAAAUCGAAAAGUCGCGCGAGAAGGCCAUCGAGACGCAAAUGGAGUACGACCGGCAGCGCGCCGAGGUCGACAUGGCCACCAAGGAGAUCGCGCGGCGCGCCGAGGCUGUUGCGAGCAAGCAAUCGAUCCAAGAACAGAUGCUCGACCGCCUCAAGCUCUACGAAGAAGCCGCCAAGGAGGCCGAAGUCGACAAAGCCAAGGUCGACGCGAUCAUGCAGCAGAUCCAGGCCGAAGACCGCCACGAGCAAGAGAAGCGCGAGCGCUAUGUCGCCCAAGCGCGUGUGAUGAUUGAAGAUUGCAAGCUUCAGCGCGCCAACGAACGCGAAGAAGCGGCGCGGCGCGAGCGCGAGGAAGAUGCGCGGAUCGCGCAGUACGGCAAGCGCGUCGAGCAGCGGGAAGCCGGCAUCAAGGAAAAGCUCGCGGAGAAGAAGAAGCGCGAAGAAGAGAUGUUUCUCGCGGUCGAAGCCGAGAUCCAGCGCACGCGCAAGGAAGAGGAGGAGUUUGUGCGGCUCCGCGACGAGCUCUGGGAAGAAGAGAUGCUCGAGGCGCACCGCGAGAAGGCGCGGGCCAAGAUGCUGCAAAAGCAAAAGGACCGCGACGACAUGAUUCGAUGCAACCAAGAGCAGCAGCGGCUCAAAGCGCAAGCCAA